CAAGGAACGAUUUUUCCUGCUCCAAAUUUUAACCCUAUUAUGGAUGCCCAGUUGUUAGGAGGAGCCCUACAGGGAAUUAGUUGUGAAAAAGAUGUGCUGAUUGAUAUCCUAACGCAGCGUUGCAAUUCACAGCGGCUUAUGAUUGCUGGGGCAUACAGAGACAUGUAUGGCAGGGAUCUGAUAACAGACCUAAAAGAGAAUCUCUCUCAUCACUUCAAAGAAGUCAUGGUUGGCUUGAUGUAUCCACCUGCCUCCUAUGAUGCCCAUGAGCUCUGGCAUGCCUUGAAGGGAGUGGACACAGAAGAAAACUGUCUAAUUGACAUAUUAGCCUCAAGAUCAAAUAUGGAGAUCUUCCAGAUGAAAGAAGCCUACUUAAUGGAAUAUAAUAAUGAUCUUCAACAAGAUAUCGAUUCUGAGACUUCAGGUCACUUCAGAGAUACGCUCAUGAACCUUGCUCAGGGAACAAGGAUGGAAGGAUAUGCAGAUCCUUCUACAGCUGUUCAGGAUGCAAUGAUUCUAUGGGAAGCAUGUCAGCAGAAAACAGGCGAACACAAAAACAUGCUGCAAAUGAUUCUCUGCAACAAGAGUUACCAGCAGUUGUGGAUGGUUUUCCAGGAGUUCCAAAAUAUCUCUGGGCAAGACAUAGUAGAUGCCAUUAACGAAUGUUAUGAUGGAUACUUUCAAGAAUUACUGGUUGCAAUAGUUCUCUGUGUUCGUGACAAGCCUUCCUACUUUGCUUACAGGCUUUAUAAUGCAAUUCAUGACUUAGGGUUUCACAAUAAAACAGUUAUAAGGAUUCUCAUUGCCAGGAGUGAGAUUGACUUGAUGAAUAUACGACAGCGAUAUAAAGAGAGAUAUGGGAAAUCACUCUUUCAUGACAUUAAACAUUUUGCUUCAGGGCAUUAUGAGAGUGCUUUACUUGCUAUCUGUGCUGGUGAUGCUGAAGAUUAUUAAGGAAGAAGACAACGAACUUUGAAGGCUGUAUAGAUCUAUUUUAUAUAGAAAUUGAAGCUAUACACAAUACACUAACUGUAAGAAAUCCCUAUUCUACAUAAAAGAACAGAAAAAUCAGUGCUAUACAUUUGCUAGUAUUAAAUCUUUCUUGAGAUAGGAAAAAAAUUGGCAGGAACAUGGUUUUAUUCUUAGUUCUAAUUAAUAUUUCUGUUUCUAUGAUUCACGUAAAUUAAUGAAGCAAGUAGUAAAAUAACUCCCCGUAAGCAUAUGUUUAUCAUUUAGUCUUGCAACAUCCCAAACAUUAAACAAUAGGCUCAGGAAGAAGCUAGUCACUUCCACAUUGGAGAGAAAAAUGUUUUGCUUGCUUUACUUUGAGAAGCAUGAUUUCUUCCUUUAAACAAUUUUCUUUCCCACUUCUUAUACCUCAUAUUUUAUGCUCUUGAACAUUGUUGGUUUAGUUACUAUCAAACUAAGCAUCUGCCCCACUCUAUUAUCAGUCACUCACCAAAGAAUGCUUUUGUGUUUUCUUUCAUUUAGCCAACAUACUUAAUGGCAUUUCCCUUUUUCCAUCUGAAAUGAAAGAAAAAAAUUAGACUCAAGUAUCCCAAACCAUUCUUGAUUUAGUGCCAUGCACUGGAAACCCCCAGAAGAUGAAGCAUUACAUAGCUUUGAGUGGAGAAGUUCCAGAGGAUUAAACUCUGAAAUUUCAUUUUUCUACUUGCACUUCUCUCAUUUUAAUCAUCGAUUGAAUAUCAACCUUCAGAGCACUGAGG